AUGGUAAUGAUGAUGGACUACACGAUCCAGCAUCCCUCCUGUGUGUGCUCUGGGUCAUUUGCAAGACCUCGCUAUCCAACACAUCAUCACCGGCCACCGCCACGUCACAAGCGAUCCACUGCCAACUGCGGGUCAAGUUCGAACAAGGCCGGUCUGAACAAGUUGGUGGAGUGGAGGUUGACUCCUCGUGCAACCGAUAAGGUCAGCCCCGCCGCCGCUCACAACGACUUGACCCAACGUCCAGAUAGCGGCCUUUUGUCUGAACGCUUCAAUGCGACGCUGCUGACAGGACAGGGCUCGCGGACAGGUAGAAGGUGGCCCUGGCAGGCGAGCUCAGGGUGGCGUUUGGCGGGCGCGGGUGCUCGGGCCUGCGCGGGCCUGACAUAA